AAAGUAUUCAUUUUAUGUGAAGGUGGAGGGAGCAGCACUAGAAGAUGGAAGAAAGCCCAGUAUUUAUGAUACUUUUGCUCAUCACUCUAGGUAUGGAAAACGUAAUCCAGAUCUAGCAUGUGACGAAUAUCACAAAUACAAGGAAGAUGUUCAACUCAUGGUAGAAACAGGAUUGGAUGCUUACCGAUUUUCAAUCUCCUGGUCGAGACUAAUACCAAAUGGAAGAGGAGCUGUCAACCCCAAAGGUUUACAAUACUACAACAACCUCAUCAACGAACUUAUUAACUAUGGAAUCGAACCACAUGUUACAUUAAUGCACACCGAUUUACCGCAGGUUCUUGAGGAUCAAUAUGAAGGUUUCCUCAAUUCUAAAAUCAUAGAAGACUUCACCACAUAUGUUGAUGUUUGCUUUAGAGAAUUUGGUGAUAGAGUUUCGUAUUGGACCACUUUCAAUGAGGCGAAUAUCUUCGUCAUGGGUGGCUACGAUGUCGGGAUUACACCCCCAGGUCGAUGUUCUUCUCCCUUCGGACCCGGAAAUUGUAACAAAGGGAACUCCACAACUGAACCAUAUAUUGCUACUCACAAUUUAUUGUUGGCUCAUGCAUCUGCUGUUAAGCUGUAUAAGGAAAAAUACCAGGCCAAACAACAUGGGUUUAUAGGAAUCAAUCUCCUUUGCUAUCAUUUUACUCCUAUCACGGACACAAGAGAAGAUAUAAGAGCAGCUAAAAGAGCCUACGAUUUUUUUAUUGGCUGGAUUAUGCAUCCCUUGGUAAACGGUGACUAUCCUGAAAUAAUGAAGAAAAAUGGUGGCAAAAGAAUUCCGAUUUUCACAAAUAAUGAAUCGAAAAAGGUGAAGGGAUCAUUUGAUUUCAUUGGAGUUAAUUACUAUGCUGCCAUGGUGACUAAGGACAAUUCCAUGAGCUUGUCCGCACACCCGAGAGACUAUUUUGCCGACAUGGCCGUGCAAUGGAUAUCUAUUAAUGCGAGUGCACCACAAGAACAGGUUAUGUUUCCUAAUCAGCCAUGGGGUCUAGAAGGAGUACUAGAGCAUUUUAAGGACGUGUAUGAAAAUCCCCUUAUAUUUAUUCAUGAAAAUGGUCAACUUGAAAAUCACAAUACAUCAAUAAAUGAUCCUAACAGGGUUGAAUACUUACAAGAUCAUGUUGGCAGUUUGCUAGAUGCUCUGAGUUUCUCUUUGACUUGCAGAAAUGGAUCUAAUACCGGAGGGUACUUCGUAUGGUCACUCAUGGACGUAUAUGAAUUAUUAUUCGGCUUUGAUUACACCUUUGGUCUAUACUAUGUCAAUUUCAAUGAUCAAAAUUUGACAAGACAUCCUAAGUUGUCUCAAAAAUGGUACUCCGGAUUUUUAAAGGGAGAAAAUACAAAUUUAGAUUAAGUAAAACCUCAAAAAGAGAAUACAACUAUUGGUCCUCUACUUGGUUCUUCAGUUGGAAAUGAUGAAAGCUUUGAGAAGACAUCCUAAUCUCUUUUAUCAUUUGUCUUCUUAAGAAAUGUAUUUGAAGCUUUGAUUGUAAGAUAUAAUUAUGGACUUAGAAGUGCAAGUUAUUUAAGCACUCCUAAAAAAUUUAAAUGCGACAAAAAUACAUGAAAAAAUAAAUGCUUAGAAGUUACAACUCUAAUAGUCAUUGAAGUUUGUACAGAAAUUUGAACCAUUUGGAGUUUUUAAUUUUGUUUCUAAAUUGUU